GCUCACGAACGGAAGCUUGAUCUUGCGGUAUCUAGCAGCACCAGACACACAAACAAACAAUGCCAUUCUUAGUCACCUACAGACCUGCGAUCCUCCUCUUCUUCUUCAUCAGACAGCCUGUUGCGGCAGCCUCCUUGGUGGGCAUGUUUGCGUUGUGGGAGGCCGACAGAAACCUUGGGCUUGGUAUAAGGGAAUCAUUCAACGAGUGGAGAAACACAGCGUUGGGGUUUGCCACGGUGCAAUCGCAGUAUGACGCGUUCAAGCGGAUCGACGAGCAGAAGAGAAAUGAGAUGCUCGUCAAGCAGUAGUGGUCGCAACGCCAACGGUCCAUACUCUGACUCUUCUAGUCAUUCUACUAUUAUUCAUUUCUUCACCCCCACACACAAGUCCUACUUAUUUAUUUGGUGUUCAUUGCACACCUCCUCAUUUUAUAUCUAUCGUCUAUAACUAAUAGAUCACUAUAUACAAGUUACGUUGCGGA